AUGUCGGAAUUGUUGGACGAUCGGAAUCGGAUCGCAGCGUUCGGAUGUGGCGAUGUGCAAACCGUCUCUCUCCCACCAAGUGCUUCUCGAAGUGAGCUGUUCUCGAAUUUCUCGCAGACUGCUAGCUUUUUAUUGUCAGCGUUAUUUUUCCAGCUACUUAUCACACGUGUUUCAUUGUCACAUUUCAAGCGUUAUGGCUGGCCUCUUGCAUUUGGUAGGCUUAAAUGUUGCUAA